UGUAUCCUGGGAAGAUUUCGCUCUGUUUUCAAAAUGGCGGCUCGAAAUCUGCUCAGGGCUGCUGCUUCAUGCAGACGAAAUCUAGCUUUCAGCUCCACUUUUACUCGGAACCAAAGCAUCUUCACUAAGUACAGAGAACCACCUAACGGUUUCCUCUUCAAUGAGAAGCCCUUAAAACCAGGAGAGAAGCGAAAAUGGGAAGACUGGGAAGAACCUUGGUAUAGAUGGUGGGCUCUCAUUCUUGUUUCCAUUCCUGUUUUGUUCUACUACAAGCCUGAAACUAGACCAGAAGUGUGGGCAAGGAAGAAGGCACAGGAGAUUGUAGCUGCUCGGGAUGCUGCCGAUGCAGAGGCUGCUGCUCGGGGUGAACCUGUGGAUGAAGGAGAAGACAUUGGAGAUUUCAAAUUGAGUGAACUUAGAAGACUCCCCUGAAGCAUGUUCGUUUGUUGUAAUGAUAUUGUUGCCACUGUCUUUUAAGGCAAUUAAUACAGUGUAUUUUGGGCUUUUUGUGGCCAAAGUCAACUUAAAUCUGACUGUAGUAAACUGUCCUUGUAAAUGGCUGUAACCACCCUGUGAAUGGUAUUUAAAUCUUGGUAUUCUAGUGAUCUGUAAUAGAUCCUAAUGCCCAGCUUUUCAAAUUGGUACUGAUACUAUCUUUUUGUUGGAUGAGAGAUUCACAUAUUCAUAUUUCUGCUAAAUAUCCUUUUGGAAAUUUUCAUUGGAACUUGGCUUUACAAUCUUAAUAGUGGAAAGCAUUGCACUACUUUAAGUGGAUAAUACAAACCAUUUGCCUUUGUAUUAGAAGUUUCCAUUUUGUUUUUUAAUUUUUUUAUGUUUUUUCGGUUCUAUGUAAAUGGUGAACACCCCAGGUAAUUACAGCUUGCCUCUUAAUUUUAUUAGUCUUAAUACUGUGUGGUAUGGACAAAGCAGUAGUAAAAACUGAAGUGGGUCUCUAAUUUUGUUCAGCUUUGUUUCAAUCUCAAGUAAUGUUUGUAAAUAAACUUGUUACAAUCGGUG